AUGAGUGCCGCGCAAUUUCAUCUGUUCGGCCGGCUCCCGGCAGAACUCCAGGAUCUCAUCUGGCAGUUUGCCCUUCCCGAGCCCAGGGUCUACGAGGUCUUUGAUGCGCCGGCGCCCUCAAUACCGCGCUCGAACCCGGCAAACCACCUGCUCUUUGCCGAUAUCCGCAACGAGCGGCCGCCAGUGAUCAGCAAUGUCUGUCAUGGUGCUCGCAGCGCGGUGAUGCGCAGAUACAAGCCGGUAGUUCUAUCUGGUACGAUCAAGUUUCUCGAUCUGCAGCGGGACGUGCUGCUGUUCGACUCAUACCUUCAGGUCCGCCGACUGCUCAAAGCCAUACGCCUGCUGAGCCAGGUCGACGUGAUCCGCAAGCAUAUUUCACAGAUCGCGCUGGGAACGUCGUGGGGCCUGCAUGCUGGGUUGCAGCUGAGGUUGUUCCACCGGUCGGUGCAGACGAAGCGCAACAUGGCGAAGCUGCUCAAGCACCUCACGCAGUUCCAGAAGCUCGAGGCCGUCAAGCUGGUGGUCUACCAGAGGUCGGCCUUUAGCCUGCAGGUCCAGUGGCUCGAUCAGCGGUGCUUCCAAUGGAGCACGACGCCCACGCCGGCACCAAUACCAAUCGCCAUGGCCGGUAUGCCGACGAUGCAAAGACCGAAUCAGCACCACCAGUCACCACCACCACCGAGAAUAGGUAGUCACGCGGGGGCUGUACAGAAUCAGGCGUUUCACUACAACUUCCAUGUCAACUUCAACCUGGACAACUACUGGCUGAGACGGCCUUGCCACAGCAGUCUCGAAGACUAUGUCAUGGAUGAUGUGGACGAGAAGCCUGGCCACGGCAGCAAGCAUGGCGCGGAUGAAAUGAAAGGAACUGAGCAGGUCCAGGCAGAUGGGCAUGGUGGAACAACCAGGGACACAAACAUAGCGGCCUCACCUGCGCGCCUAAGCCCGCAGCAAGACACGCGGGUCAGGGGACGGGGCGGCGUAGGAGAAGUGCCAAUAUCGUCGGGCCCGACGACAAAAACCACUGCGACGACUACAACGACGUCGGCUUUUUUCGGGCAGCAGCCGAAGCAAGCUCACUCCAGAUACGAAGACCCAUAUGACGCUCAGCCGAAGCCUCAUCAGGUUCGGGCGCUGAAGGCGACUUUUCAGAAGUGGGUGGACGAGACCACUGCGGACGACCAGAAGGAGACGAAUGCUCUCGAGAGGGAAUCGUCCACGCGGCCGGCAAAACGCCCUAGACUUGAGGCGGCAACUUUGACCUGGGUGUAUACUGGCAUCAGCAACACGACAGUGUACUGA